GUGUGUGGGAGGGUGGUGUUCAACAUUUAUUGCCUUCAAAGGGAACAGCACCUCUGGGCGAGCAGACCUUCCUCGGUGGGGGCGGACGCCUCCCCAGUGUCCUCGGGGAGCACAUUCCAGAGAGUGAAUAAAGUGUCCAGGGAUGCUGGACGCAGGUCACAGAAAUGACAGCGAUUCAGUAGGAUGAGCAGUUGUUUACAGCCCUCCCAGGAUGCCACAGGGCUUACCAGCCAGCCGGGCAGCUCGGAGCAGGCCCAGGCGAAGGCUGAGUUCCUAUGUGAACCCCGGUUCUGCUGGAAGAGCUGAAGCAACAGUGACUAGCCCAGGGUCACACACCAAGCUUGGGACGGAAAUAACUCUGACUCUUCCUCCUUGGCCCUGACAGCGGCAGCAUGGCCCUAUUACUGCUCUAUCAUUCAAAUCUGAAUCAUUUAAAAUGCACCUAAUUGCAGACCCAUGGGGAACUGUAACCUCCGUGUGACUCUUAACUGCCAAGGAGCCCAGCCUCCUGUCCACCAAACUUGAUUCUAGUCACUGUUCAGGCUGCCUGACUGUCUGCUUCAUUCAGCCACAAGGGAUGAAAGGUGCCUGGUUGCUGUUGCUUUGAGAGACACUUGAAAAGAUCACCCCGUAAGAUCCUGAUUCUUCCUCCUGAAGAAAUACCAUUGUCCUGAGUCUCCUGCCAAACUGUUUCCAGACAACCAUGAACCAACCAGACGCUGCUGAUGACCCAGAUCCCCAGGCCAACCCCCUAUGCAGGGUGUGUGGCCAAGUCCACGCCCUUGAAGAGAACCACUGUUACACCUAUGUAGCAGAAGUGGACGAUGACCUCAUAUGCCACAUCUGCCUGCAGGCCUUCCUGGAACCCCUGGACACUCCAUGUGGACACACCUAUUGCAGCCUUUGCCUCACCAACUUCCUGGUGGAAAAGGACUUUUGCCCUGUGGACCGCAAGCGCGUUGUCCUGCAGCAUUGCAAGAAGUCCAGCAUCCUGGUCAAUAAGCUUGUCAACAAGCUACUGGUGACUUGUCCUUUCACGGAGCAGUGUAACCAGACGCUGCAACGCUGUGACCUGCAGCAGCACUUCCAAACAAGCUGUAAAGGUGCCUCCCACUACGGCCUGACCAAGGACAGGAAGAGGCGCUCCCAAGACGGCUCUUCUGAUGGCUGUGCAAGUCUCACGGCCACUCCACUCUCCCCAGAGGUUUCAGAAGCUCCCCAUGAGCCUGGCCUAGACGACCCUUCCUGCGUGUCCACAGUGGAGAACUGUCAUCCAGAAAACAGCUCCUCGGACACUGGCCGGAGCAACCGAACCAGAGCGUGGCCUUUUGAGCGAUCUUCUUUCAGAAUCAGAUCUUUUAAAAAACUUAACAGAGCCUUCAGCUCCCUUCGAAGGACAAAGAAUGGGAGUAUAAUUGCCAACUGUGCUGACCAGAGCAGAGAAAAUCAUGAAAAUACCACUGUUCCUGAAGUCUUUCCAAAGUUCUAUCACCUGAUUCCACGUGGGGAAGUUACCAGCAUCAAGAUCAAUCGAGUGGAUCCCAACGAGAGCCUCUCCAUCAGGCUCGUGGGAGGCAGUGAGACCCCACUUGUCCAUAUCAUUAUCCAGCACAUUUAUAGUGAUGGAGUGAUUGCCAGAGACGGCCGGCUGCUGGCAGGAGACAUCAUUCUCAAGGUCAACGGGAUGGACAUCAGCAAUGUCCCUCACAACUAUGCCCUGAACCUCCUGAGAAAGCCCUGCCAGGUGCUGUGGCUCACAGUGCUACGUGAAAAGAAGUUCCAAAGCAAGAGACAUGCCCACUCAUAUUUUUGUGGACCACGGAAUGACAGCUUCCAGGUGAUACUCAACAAAAGUAGUCCUGAGGAGCAACUUGGAAUAAAACUGGUACGCAAGGUGGAUGAGCCUGGUGUAUUCGUCUUCAGUUUGCUAAAUGGUGGUGUGGCAGACCGACAUGGCCAGUUGCAAGAGAAUGACCGCAUAUUGGCCAUCAAUGGACAUGACCUGCGAAAUGGCAACCCAGAAAUUGCAGCCCUUCUGAUUCAGGCCAGUGAGAGGCGUGUUCACCUCGUCGUGUCCCGCCAGGCUCGAGAGCAGAGCCCAGUCACCUGUCAGGAAGCCAGCCGGACUCACAGCAGUGGCCAGUCCCCAGGUCCAGGAGACAUCACUCCCAAGCCCUUCUGUUCUGCAGCUGUCUGUCAUGAGAAGUUGGUAAGUGUCCGAAAAGACCCCAGCGAAUCUCUUGGCAUGACCGUUGCAGGGGGAACCUCACCUAGGGAAUGGGACUUGCCUAUCUAUGUCAUCAGCAUUGAGCCAGGAGGAAUCAUAAGCAGAGAUGGAAGAAUAAAAACAGGUGACAUUUUGUUGAAUGUGAAUGGAGUUGAACUCACAGGGGUCACCCGGAGUGAGGCAGUUGCCUUAUUGAAAAGCUCGUCGUCCUCAGUGGUACUUAAAGCCUUGGAAGUUGAAGAGCACGUGCCCCAGGAAAACUGCAACGGCCCAGAAGCCCUAGACUGCAUCUACAAUAUGAGCCCGCCUGACGUCUGGUCCCCAUCCUGGGUCACGUGGCUGGAAUUAACACAGUACUUAUAUAACCGUAAAGAUGUUGUGUUACGAAGAAACAUAGCUGGAACUCUGGGCUUCCGCAUUGUAGGAGGUUAUGAAGAAAACAAUGGGAACAAACCUUUUUUUAUCAAAUCCAUUGUUGAAGGAACACCAGCAUACAAAGAUGGAAGAAUCAGAUGUGGUGACAUUCUUCUUGCUGUGAAUGGGAGAAGUACAUCAGGCAUGAUGCAUGCUUUCUUGACAAGGAUGCUCAAAGAAAUUAAAGGAAGAAUUACUCUCACUAUAGUUUCUUGGCCUGGCACUUUUUUAUAAAGUCACCGAUUGGUCUCAGAAAAAAAGAAUAAUCACAAAUCAGCUACAGUGAAACAAUUAUAUUGUCAAUUUUUAUAAAGCUUAUUUAAAAAUGUCAAGAAAAGUAUGACCUGAUGAAGACCAGUUUUACCUCAGACUGUUCUCAAAAAAUAAAAACUAUUAAUGGUUUUUAUUCAGUAUGGAAGAUUUCUCAUUACUCCAUAACUUUUAAGUUUAAAUUUUUGUAUUUAAUAAAAAGCCACUGAAUAAGUAAAACUGAUUUCUAUGCCCCAAUCAAAUCAUCAAUUUAAAUUUUAGUGAGUUCUGCAAGAAUCCACAAUAAGAAUUUUAAAUGUAAAGUAUGGAGAUAAUGCUGAGAAAUGUUCAUCAACUGAGAAAUAAAUAUUUUUCAAAAAUUAUGUCUUUUUUGAAUGUGAUUUUAACUGUUUAGUUCUCACCACCAAUUGAAGAUCCUAGUAAUUCAUUCUUUCAAACACCAUGUUAUCUGUUACCAUCACUGACAUAUAAUGACUCCAAGGGUUAUUCCUAAAAAUAGUUAUAACCUUGUAUUUUCUCAGUUUCUGUAAGAAUGACUAACCCAAAGCUCUUGUCACAAAAUUUAUUUUUAUUCACAAUAUAGUCAGUAACUAUAUAAAAACUCCACAUCAGUGAGCCUUGGAAAACACAUCAAGAAAGGUCAAAUGAGCUUGACCCUGGCCCAGCUAUAUAUGGCCAUGAGGCAGUUCAAGUUUGUGUCAGAAUGAUGUCUGUCUGCAAUUACAUAUAGGGCACUUCAGAGGCCACCCAAAUACCUUAUAGAUUCUACUGUUUUGAUAUAAAAGUUCCCCAUUUAGUUUCACCAUGGACCCAAAUUUAGCACACUGAAAAUCUGCUAUCAAAUAUUAUAGUAUCAAAAAGAAGAAUGCCAUAGCAGUAAUAAGAAAGACUAGUUUAAUCUCACAGCUUGAGAGGGCGCUUGUGAUGCCUUUUGCAAUAUAGCUUUUUCUGAAACUGGUGUUUAACAAAAAUAACCUGGCCAAGCAGUCCUUGACCUGCAUCAGACACGGUGUAUGUACACAGCUUAAUACAGCUCUCCUAGUCCCCUGCGAAGUGAUACAUUCAUGUUACUUUCUUGGAUGUAGUCAAUGCUGUCUUUUUAUUUUUUAAAUAUUACAAAACAAAGAUUUUAACUUAACAUGAAAAAUUCAAUUUAUUUUGGAAAAAAAGUUAACUAUUCAUACUGAUAGAACAAGAUUAAAGGUAAAUUUCUUAAACAUUAUCCAGAAAAAUAAUGAGAUUUAUAGUAUCUAUUUCUGGUCCUAAUAUACACAGCAGGCAAACUGCCUAUUCCGCAGGUGUAGCUUCAGUGUUUUCCUGUUCAGGGGCGGGCUCACUGCCAGCUUCUUUUCCUUCUUUGCUUCUUUUAGAUUUUUUAUGCUUGUGCCUUCUGUGACUGUCUCCUUCUUCACUUUCAUGGCGACGUCUACUAUUACUGAGGAGAGAAAAAAGUGUGUUGUUUCAAAAUGUUUAAAUAUUCAAUUAGUGAUCGAAACCCCCCUCUAUGUGAUUUCUCAGUGUAACUGUGUUGAAGAUAAUCCAACCCAUUCUUUUUUCUCAUGAACACAUUUUAGAAAUAAUCAGUCUUUAUCAGACUUUUAUGCAGAGAUUACAUAACCAUAGGAUCAAGUCUACCAGUAUUAUCCCAGAUUACCAGAGCCCAUUUACUGUAAAACAGAAAUUGAAGUACUUAAUCAGAACAGGAAAUUCUAUUUUAUGGGACUGCCUUCCCACAAGCAAUAAGCAUUAAAAGUUAAUGGCUUUUUCUUCAGGAGAGGAGGCACUACCAGCCCUAUGUAGUUUCUUUAAAACAAACAUUGCUUUGUUUAAUAAUAUUUACUAUUAAGGAUUUGCUCACAUACACUAAAAUCCUCUCUCUCCCAAUGAGAUAGUGUACUAAGCCAAACACUCUCAUAUUAUUUUUAUUCCAUGCUAAUUUUGGUUUUGGGAUAAUCUUGUUAGACUUAAAAAUUCAUUGCUGAAGCUCAUGAGGAACCAACUAUUAACAUAUUAUUCUGAAUCUUCCAAUUGGAAACACAUGUUCUACUGGCUGUUUGAAAAUGUUUGCUUUUACAUCCUGAAGUUAAAUCAAUUUCUGGCUUCAAAAUGAAUCACUAUUUUAUUAAAGUACAAACCUGCGAGAUGA